ACUGAAGUUGUGUGCGGUUUCGGAAGUGACGUAGGGACUUGCGCCCUGUGGCGCCAUGGAGUCACAGCAGUCGCAGCCGCCGCAGCAGCAGCAGGUGCAACAGCAGCAGCUGAGAAACCUUCGGGACUUCUUAUUGGUAUACAACCGGAUGACAGAACUCUGCUUUCAACGCUGUGUGCCCAGCUUGCAUCACCGAGCCCUGGAUGCAGAAGAGGAGGCCUGCCUGGACAGCUGUGCGGGAAAGCUGGUCCAUUCCAAUCACCGCUUAAUGGCUGCCUAUGUACAGCUCAUGCCUGCCCUGGUACAGCGCCGCAUCGCCGACUAUGAGGCCAGUGCAGCCCUGGCAGAGACAGCUGAGUCUCCAUCAAGCCCUGGGGCCGGCCAGCAUGGGACUCCAGGCCCGGGAAGCUAGAGGAUUCCUAUUCAUCUGCCACCUUGGGAUGGAAAACUCGAAUAUGAGGCUUUCUGACAUCAGGAAAGUGUUUAGUGUGACUUGAGUCAUCCUGGGUCAAUCUCAUCUCUGCUCUUGCCUACCAGAUGCCCUGAUGUCAUCACAGCAGGAGCCCAUUACCUGCCACAAGGGGUGUCCAGGCAGAGGAGAGUGGGUCAGGGAUACCUUUGGAGAUACCAAUGGAGUUCCAAAGUACAAGAGGCAAGUUCCGGAGAUGACUGAACAGAGAGAAAAGACUGCCUGGAUUCUCAGAAAGGUUAGAAAGCAAGAGAAGGAAUUACUAGUUCAUGGCAACCUUUCACUGAAAACCAGGGAUGGCAUUUCUUUGAGUCCAGAAACAUCCCAAACUCUGUUUUUUCUUCCUUGUCCAAACCUGCCUGUCAGCAGUAAAGUCCUUAUAAGUUUC